AUGGCGUUCUUCGAGGAGACGGAGUCGUACUACGUCCCCUACCUCCGCGCCCACCUGCACCAAUUCGCAGCGUCGGUCUCCGCGGCGAGCUGCGAGGAGGGGGCGGGCGACGACGAGGAGUGCCGCGACGAGGCGGCCGCGCUCAGGCUCAAGAUGGUGGCCGUCGCCGCCAUCCUCAUCGCCGGCGCGGUCGGCGUCGCCAUCCCGCUCGUCGGCCGGAGGCGGCGCGGCGGGGGCGGCGGCGGCGAGGGCGGGUCCUCCGGCGGCGGGAUGUUCGUGCUCGCCAAGGCGUUCGCGGCGGGGGUCAUCCUCGCCACGGGGUUCGUGCACAUGAUGCACGACGCCGAGGAGAAGUUCGCCGACCCGUGCCUCCCGGCCAUGCCGUGGCGCCGGUUCCCCUUCCCGGGCUUCAUCGCCAUGCUCGCCGCGCUGGGCACGCUCGUCAUGGAGUUCGUCGGCACCCGCUUCUACGAGCGCAGGCACGGCGAGGAGGCCGCUGCAGCCGCGGCCACAGCCGCGCGUGACGACACCACGGCGCUGCUCGAGGACGGCUCCCUGUCAGGGAUGGCUGCCGCCGCGAUGAGCGGCGACGAUGAGAAGCAGGACGCCAUGCACAUCGUGGGCAUGCGCGCGCACGCGGCGGCGCACCAGCACAGCCAUGCGCAUGGCCAUGACGCGUGCGAUGGUGGAGCCGUGUACGACGCCCAUGCACACGCCCACGCCCAGGGCCAUGGCCAUGACCAUGGGCAUGGGAGCGAGGAGAGGCCGUCCCAAGCUCAUCAUGUGGUUGUCUCGCAGAUUCUGGAGACGGGGAUUGUAUCUCAUUCGGUGAUCAUCGGGCUAUCCUUGGGCGUUUCGCAAAGCCCAUGUACCAUUAAACCUCUUGUUGCCGCCCUCUCCUUCCACCAGUUCUUCGAGGGUUUUGCCUUGGGUGGCUGCAUUUCUGAGGCGCAGUUCAAGAAUUUCUCUGCACUCCUGAUGGCUUUCUUCUUUGCUAUCACAACACCUGCUGGGAUCACCGUGGGGGCGGGGAUCGCGUCAUUCUACAAUGCCAACAGCCCCAGGGCAUUGGUGGUGGAAGGCAUUCUGGAUUCAAUGUCAUCUGGUAUACUGGUCUAUAUGGCAUUAGUGGAUCUCAUUGCUGCUGAUUUCCUGAGCCGGAGGAUGAGCUGCAAUCCGAGGCUGCAAGUGUGCUCAUACGUUGCCUUGUUUGUCGGGGCUAUUGCCAUGUCAUCACUGGCUAUCUGGGCUUAG